AUGAUUUCACAUAAGAAUACCAUUUCGCCGAAACAAUUGGAAUCGAAUUUCCUGGAAGUAUCCACUCGACAUUUUGAGGAACUUAUUCUGGGAACUCGCAAGAAAGCUAACUGUUCUCAACAAAUGCACUGUGAAGAAACGACGAUCCACUUGCCGGCAGGGUUAGGGAAACGAUUUCUGUGCAAAUUGAUGAAUAGUAUCGGCCCUCGUCUCGGAACCGCCAAUUGUUUUACACAAACGCCACCAGGAGGUGCACACAAUGCAGUUCAUGCUUACGAUGCACUAGGAUUGGUUCCGCAUACUGUCAACUACUUCAUCUGUUGCAAGAAAUGCGAACAACGAAUUGAAGGACCCGAUGAGACUUUGGUACAACAUGCAAUCAACCACUCAAACAAGAAGCGUUUCUCGUGUUCUCGCUGUGGAAUUGAGGAAAAUGAGAGGUGUCGUGUCGCCUCUCAUAGACCAAUUUGUCCAUUUCGUGGAAAGAAAGCUCGGAUACACGAUAGAAUUUCCGACGACGUGGUUCGCGAGUCGUGGUCUAAAGUCUUCAUCGAAUGUUUUACGGAGGCUCGCGAGGAGAAUUUCAUUAAUGGGUUGUCCGCAUUGAUA